GUUUGGAAUUACUAAAAGGCGGAGCGAGAAAUCGUGCGCUCGCAAGCUCGGGAACACGAACCACUUCUGCAAGUGCAGAAGAGAUGAAAACAAGCAGCCCGAAUCUGGACGAGACGGCCCUUCUGAUGCAGCAGCGGCUGCAGUCCGGGUACGCUGUGGACAGGCCGAACUUGCAAAUUCUGGUCUUUGACGAUGAGAAAGAGCAUUGGUUUGCUUUCCAGAAGGAAAUGCACGAGAAAAGGCUAGAAUCUCCUUGGUCCUUUCGGAGAAUUUUUCGCCCGCACGAGCAGCUCGCGGCAACUUUCAAGACAGCUAGAUGCCCUCAGGUGAAGCGCACGGCCUCGCGGGUGAUUUCGCUGCAGCUUGACUCCUCAACAGACUUUUACUCUGGCCCGGAGACCGUGGGCUUGCGCGAGCGCUUUCAGCCGCGCACAUGGCGGUUCUAUGCGGUAUUUUGCCAGGUCAAGCAAAAAGAAGAAACGUCUUCAGAAUCACUGGUUACACCAGGGCAAGGACCACCUCACCCAGAGAGGAACUCCCCCGUGGCCUCGUACCCCCUGCGAGUUCGCCUCCAUCUAAAACACGUUUUGCGGGGGUGGCAGGAGGAGCUGUCUAUGACGGAAAUGAACCUGCCUUAUGUGUACAUAAUCGCGGUGGUUGCGCAUAUCCUGCUGUGCUUUCGGGGUAUGCAAUGGCUUAACAAAGAGAUGUCAAAUGUGUUUACGUCGCCGAGAGAAGCCAACUCAUAAAAUGCAGGACGGGAUUCCUCUUACCGCACGGCCGUGCUGCAGGAAGUCAGUGUCGGGGCCACGUCUGGUACGUCGUCAACGUCCGCGUUUUCCGUGAGGAUGCAGCCUGCGGGCGCGGAGGGUUCAUUUUCGGCGCAGUUCAAAGCGUACUUCGCAACCGUCUACCGGUCGACAAAAGCCUCCGCAUUAGGCUUCAUGUUUUACCCGGUAACAGCGCUGACGCUUAGCAUGAAGUCCGUUUUUUGCUACCUGCUGUGGUAUGCUUACGUGGUCUUUGUGUUGCCACUUCCUGCUUCUUCGGGGUCGGGAUUCGAGAGACGAGCAGAAGAAGGCGCGACUGGAACUGCUGUUGCGCCUCGUGCAG